ACCAAGGAGGAUUACAGACGUCAUCGAUAUGCUAUGGAAAUGCUACUCUACAUGUUUAGUUAAAAUCAUGAUCCAUAAGAAAAAGAAGUUUCAUCUCCAGCACUCCGAAGAAAAAUUGGAGCUGCAAACGAAACCUAGUGGAAGCAAAUUCUCUGUUUUCACCGGAUUGUUGCUUGCACUUUUAUCUGGUUUAUUUUAUUCAUCAACUGCUGUGAUUGUAAAAAAAAUGACUGGCCUCCAUCCGGGACAACUUGCGACGUACAGAUUUCUGGCAGUACUUACCUUUUCUUUUCCAGAAUCAAUAAAAAGUGGUGAAAAUAUACUAGGACCUAAAAAUCUUCGUUUCUUGCUCAUGAUUCGCGGAAUCUUUGGUGCUACAAACUUAUUUCUAAAUUUUAUAGCUUUCCGUUACCUUCCUCUCGGUGAAGCUGCUAUCAUCAUCUUCAGCGUGCCAAUAUUUGUCACAGUGGCAGCUAAAAUAUUCCUAAAAGAACCUUGCGGUAUAUUCCAAACGCUUACCGUUUUCUUAACAGUGGUCGGUAUAAUGUUUAAUACCAAGAUUCCCAGUAGGCUGGCAGGGAGUUCUUUCACUUAUUCAACCGAGUUUAUUUAUGGCAUCUUAGCAGCUUUCGCCUCAUUAAUUUUCAGCACAGGUAGGUUCAUUGUCCUGCGAAAAGUGAAGAGUGUCCAUCAUGCUGUCAUCAUGUUCAAUUCGAGUUGGGUGGCCAUAAUAGAAUCUGUAAUACUUACUUUAUUACUUGGGAAUUUCAAGUGGCAUUCUUGUGGCUUGGACAGUAUCCUCAUCGUUGUUUUAGGGAUAAUCAGUUAUAUAGGACAGACUAUGCUAACGAUAGCUUUGCAGUGUGAAAACGCGGGACCUAUUUCGACUAUGCGAGCAGCCGCAGAUAUUGUGCUCGCAUUUUUGUGGCAAACGCUAUUUUUCCGUGAAGUUCCGGAUGCUUUUAGCAUCAGCGGAGCCGUUUUAAUUAGUUUUUCUGUGAUUACAGUUGGACUUCAGAAAUGGGUGUCUUCUUUGCCUCCAGAAUCAUCCACAUUUAAACGCCUCAAAUGGAUGACUUUAUGAAAUCCAAAUCAAGAGCUUUGAUUUUAUGUAUUACUAUCAAAUGUUUGUAAUUUAAUAUUUAUAUACAGUAGGCGACGUCGCUGUUGAAUGUGAUCAAGUUUGUCCACCACUAUUUCGAUAGCAUUAGCCGAAUGAUAACAUUAAACGAAGAGAAAAAAAUGCCAUAAAAGUAUCAAUAGAAUUUAACUAAUUUAAUAGCAAUAUAAUCAUAAGCAUAUAUAAAGUAGUUUUCGUAGCAUUUUAAUUGAAAAAAGGUAAACAUUUGUUGAUGAACUGUUCGUAAUGUCUUCAAAGCAAAAGUUCAUUUAUGAACUGCUCGUGACACUUGUCCUUUCUUGAAAGAAAACAUGCCAAUGUGCAAUUAAAAAUAAGGCAAAAACAAAAUUAAUAAAUAUUUUCAUGGAUUUUGUUUUCAGCAGAAAGGGGAAAGAAAAUUCUACAGAAUUCUGCAGAAAGUGAAGAAAAUUCCAAAAAAUUUCUGUAGAAUUAACUUUCCUUCUGAAAACAGGGACCUGUGUCUGAUCGCAUUCAAAAUCAAUAGAUAUAUUCAAAUUUAAGCCAAACUAAGGUUUCCUUUUUCGUUUAAUAUGAAUGGUUAAUUACAAUCUAAACCAAGCAAUUUGGUGACUUAAUUCCUUAUUAUUCUACAUUUCUCUGUUACUUUCUAAUUUUCAUAAACUAUUCUGACUUUAUUUUAUGAAUUUAAUUCAGCUUAAAAAUUUUAUUUUAUAAUAUUUUUAUCAUAUUAUCCAAAUUGUUGUUAUGACAAUAAGAUAAAUAUUUUCCUUGUAUUCGUAUACAUGGACGUAUACGGAUGGACUUUGGAAAUUCGGUAAAAUUAUCCGAAUGAUAGC